CUGCACGUUGUCAAUAGCUUGUACGACUUCGGUGUCAUGUUCUACCUUCUUGCCACAGUCCCAGACUCAAAUCACUUGGAAGAAUAAUUCCCAUCCCUUCAGGAAUCUACCAAAGAUCCCCCUUUAUCCUCUCUCUCUCUCUCUCUCUCUCUUGUGUUUGCCCAGUAAUUUCCAUUUUCUCGAUAUAAUCUUCAACUUCCCGAGAAAAUCUUUUCCAACUCCGACAGAGAAAAUGGCGAAUCCCAGAACCGAUCAAACAGGCGGUGCUUCCAUUUCCUUCACCGACUUCCCCGAGGACGUCCAGCUCUGCAUCCUCUCGUUCCUGAACCCCUGCGAGAUUGCCGCCUUCGCCUGCACCUCCAAACGCUUCGUCUCGCUCUGCCGGAACGACGCCAAGCUCUGGUUCACCAUGUGCGACCGGCGGUGGGGCUCCGAGACCCAGAUCAGGAAAUGGGGCAACGGCAAGAUCGCCUACCGACUCCUCUACAAUGCCCUCGACGAGUGGGAGAAUCUCAUCGGCUUCUGGCGACGGAGCGGCCCGGGAGCCGCCGGAAUCUGGUCUACGCCGUUGGUUUUCUUCGAGUGGGGCCCGUCGUUCCUCACCGGUUUCAGGGUUUCCCCGUCGAAAGACAGAACGUACAGUGUCAGAAAGUCUCCGUUUUUGUGGAUGAGCGUCUCACCGGAGGGCCAGGUCGUGAACUUUCUCGACCCCGACGGUCGGUCCGACUUAUCCAAUGGUUUCGGGACCGAAUUGGAUUUCUCAGACAACAAUUUGGUGCAGGCCAAUGUCAGUUUCAUGGGGAAGACCCAUUUGGUUGUGGAGGAGAACACGAGCUCUGCGAGUUGGAGUCCUCAGGAGCAAAGGAAAAAUGGGAUUCAGAGGAGUUCGAGCACGGAGAGCCUUCGCGGCGGGGACGAUGAUAUAGAGGACAUGAUCGGAACCGAGAGUGGGUCUCCCGGUAGCUUACCGGACCGGCUGAUGUCGGAGAUUUAUCAGCAUUUGGCGAACCGGACGAGCCCAAAUGGUGGGGAUAAGAGGAGGCAGAGGAGGAGAGAAAAGGAGAGGCAGGGGAGGAGGAGGUGGGAGCCGGAGCAUUUCGUCAAGAUUGUGAAUUGCUCGCCCAUGCCGUCACGGCCUUUGCAGGGCCUCUGGAAGGGAAUUUGUGGUGACAUGAGCCUGGAUUUCUAUCUUGUGACAUAUGACGACAUAGGGGGCAUCGCCUGCCGAAGGGUUGGAGACUCCUCCGAACGAGUUUCUAGUUGUGCUCCUGUAUUCUGGACAUCAAAUGCUACGUUUAUAGAGUCUCCAUUUUCCCCCGAGGAAGAAUAUUUGUAUGAUACUCGCAUGCAUGUUCGACCACUUGAAGCAGCAAAUUACUUUCACGGAGAACUCCUUUCUGCAGAAAGUGAGAUGGUGUCUCGCAUUCUUUACAUCAACUCAAGUUACGAUUUAGUUAUACCAGGAAGUACUGCAAAUCCUCGGCGUGCCGAAGGAAGGAUUUGGCAGUACAAUAAUGGUACAUUUGGUUUUGGGUUUCUUCGGGACAAUUUUAUAAUAGACCUGAAGCAUAUUGCCGAAAAUGGUUGUAUUCUUGAUACGAUGGAGCUCUGUAGUGAUUAAUUUUCUUAUCUGGGAUCAUUCUUGUACAUGCCAUUUGUGCACUGUGUACUAUAGGUAUUAUGGAUAUCAAUUCUUUUGAUAA